AGCGGGUCCGCCGCUGAGUGAGGUCCGUCGCUGACGCUGCGGCUCUUCCCGUCCGGCGGCGCCAUGGAGACGAUCCUGGAGCAGCAGCGCCGCUACCACGAGGAGAAGGAGCGGCUCAUGGACGUGAUGGUGAAGGAGAUGAUGGUGAAGAAAGGCUCGCUUCGGGACCAAAUCAACUCUGAUCACCGUGCUAGAGCAGUGCUUGAUAGAUACAUGGAAGUUUCUGGAAAUUCAAGAGACUUGUACGAAGAUAAAGACAGUAUGAGAAAAGAUGAGUUAAAUGCUAUUUCAGGACCCAAUGAGUUUGCAGAAUUCUACAAUCGGCUGAAAAUGAUCAAAGAAUUCCACAGAAAACACCCAAAUGAGAUAAGUAUACCCAUGUCAGUAGAGUUUGAGGACUUAAUGAAGACACGGGAUAGUCCAGGUGAAGAAGCACUGAAUCUAGUGGAGUUCACGGAUGAGGAAGGAUAUGGACGCUAUCUUGACCUUCAUGACUGUUACCUCAAAUACAUUAACCUGAAAGGCUCAGACAAAUCUGAUUAUAUUACCUACCUCAUCACAUUUGAUCAACUUUUUGAUAUUCCAAAAGAAAAGAAAAACACAGAAUAUAAGCGGUAUCUGGAAAUGUUGCUGGAUUAUCUGCAGGAUUAUGGAGACCGAGUGAAACCGUUAUUGGAUCAGAAUGAGCUGUUUGGAAAAAUACAAAUUGACUUUGAGAAAAAAUGGGAUAAUGGCACAUUUCCUGGCUGGCCAAAAGAGACAAGCAGUGCCUUGACUCAUGCAGGAGCUCACUUGGAUUUGUCGGCUUUUUCAUCUUGGGAAGAAUUGGCUUCCCUGGGGUUGGACAGAUUGAAAUCUGCUUUGAUGGCUUUGGGUCUGAAAUGCGGAGGAACCUUAGAAGAGAGAGCUCAGAGGUUAUUCAGCACCAAAGGGAAAUCUUUGGAGGCACUAGAUCCUUCACUAUUUGCAAAAUCUAAAUCCAAAGGCACCAAAAAGGAUUCUGAACGCAACAAAGAAAUUGCUUUCCUUGAAGCUCAAGUGUAUGAAUACAUAGAGAUCCUUGGGGAACAGAGACAGCUCACCAGAGAAAAUGUGCAGCGCAAACAAGCCCGGACUGGAGAGGAGCGGGAGGAGGAAGAAGAGGAGCAUAUCAGUGAAAGUGAAAGUGAAGAUGAUGAAAAUGAAAUCAUCUACAAUCCCAAGAACCUGCCACUGGGCUGGGAUGGCAAGCCCAUUCCGUACUGGUUGUACAAGCUGCAUGGUUUGAACAUCAACUACAACUGUGAAAUUUGUGGAAAUUACACUUACAGAGGACCCAAAGCAUUCCAACGCCACUUUGCUGAGUGGCGUCAUGCUCAUGGCAUGAGGUGUCUCGGAAUCCCAAACACGGCACAUUUUGCCAAUGUUACCCAAAUUGAGGAUGCAGUAUCCUUGUGGGCAAAGCUCAAGCAUUCAAAGGCAGCAGAGAGAUGGCAGCCAGACACAGAGGAAGAAUAUGAAGAUUCAAGUGGAAAUGUAGUUAACAAGAAAACCUACGAAGAUUUAAAAAGACAAGGCUUACUCUAAACCAACGAACUACUGCUUCAUCCAGAUGUCUUUUUCAUGCUCGGUGAUAUCCAUAUGUUAAAAGCUUAGUUAAUUUCUUUCUCCAGUCAUAUUAGUUUAAGAACAGAUCUUGUAUUCCCCAAAGUCUGUAGCUUAAUUCAAAGGAAUUUGAAGAGAACCAGAUCUAAUGCAAUUAGUAAUUGUUUAGUAUUCUAAAUCUCAUUUAGUAAUUGUCAGUAUUCUAAAUCUCAGUGUAAUGAUAUACAGCAUUCUGCUUUGUAUUUUCAUAAAACAAGCGUAACGGGUGAGCAGAGGGAUUAGAACCAUUUUUGUUAGUGGGUGUGAAACCUUUAUAGAUGGAUCUCAAGUUUGUCAAAGCAGAAUGUAAUUUAUAAUAAACAAUGCUAUAUCAUUUAAAUAAAUAGUUUAAGUCUUUAUUUUAGUUGUUUUUCUCCCUAGAAGCUGGCAUCCUUUUACAGUUUAAUAAAGCAAAUUGUGUUUUUUUUUUGCCUUUCUGUUGUGUUAAAUGUUUUUUAUCUGUUGUACUAUUACUUUAGUGCUUUCUUCAUAUUUUUGUUACAAUUAUCUACAUUGUAGUUCGAUCACAGCUACCUGAAAGCCCACCCAGCUCCAACUUCCCAACUUGAUGCAGAGAUUCCUCCCUGCCUUUCCCCUCUACCAUCCUGAUAGUUUGAGGAAAAAUUAAUUAAUUCAUGCAAAACAUGCUCCAGAUUGAGUAGCGUGCCUCUUUCCUCUUGUGCCAUUUGACAAGGAAGUCAUAUGGUCAAUAAAUUGUGUCAUAUGGAAGAUACAUGGAGUGAACAGGAAUUAAGAUUCCAAGGAAGAUAAUGUGAAAACAAGAGAGACUAGCAGAAUUGGGUAUUUGUUGAUAAAAUAAUAGGACAUUUAUUGUGUAUACUGCUGUUAUACAUAACAUUUAAUAACUUUUGGCAAGGAAGAAACGUACCAUAAAUUGUAAAUCACCACAAAUUUCAGAGUGUCAGAGGCCAUGGGGAGAAGGCAGGAGAAUGGGGUUAGGAGGGAGAGAUAGAUCAGCCAUGAUUGAAUGGCGGAGUAGACUUGCUGAGCCGAAUAGCCUAAUUCUACUCCUAUCACUUUAUGAUCUUAUGAAAUUUCUGGCCUCUUUGCAUUGCUCUGCCUUAAACCUCGUGAAACUAGCUGUCAACAUGCACCAACACUGCUGAAAGGAAUUCAAGAUAGCACAGAAAAUUAGAGUUUGUGCUCAACAUCAUGAUGAUGAACUAUGCCACCCAUCCUCGGCAUUUUGGUUUCACCAUGUGGAAAUUACAGCAGUGUUUAUACAUAUUCCCCCCAUUUCAGGGUGAUAAUUGCUUGUUUCUAAGCUUCCCCACAGUUUAGUUUCAGUAAAAACACUGAAUCAAACACUUGAAACACCUAAAUUUAAUUUUUACAGAAGCGCAUUACAGUUCAACUACUGUACCUCUCCCACAGCGGGUUCGAUCCUCGUAUCUGCCUAUUCAAGCCCUCUAGGCCUCGCUCAGAGACACUCCAGAAGGUCACACAGUCCCAAUCGCUCUCCCAGAAGAUCGACGCUGGACCUCGUGGUAGCGGACUUUUAUAUGGCCCGGUACCUCGAGGGGCCGAACCACAAGGGAGUGGUCUCUUAAUAAUCCAAUUACAGAUAUCGAUUAACCCCAUACACAACAGACAUUGCCCUAACCCAAUAAUACAGCAGCUCAAUACAUUGUAUUCAAACCGGACUUCGCAAGGAAGCCAACUUAGAAACAUUUACCCUGAUCUGCCAGAAACCCAGACAAGGCUCAAUACCUCAUCCAAUCAACACUCUGCAUAGUUAAACUCUGCAACAUUAUUUACAAGGUGUAUGUCUGGUUUGCAGCCAUCCAAUCCAUUCUAUGCAUUUUGCACCUAAUUGACAUGGUCUGCAGAUGUUCUCAUGACAGAACUUGAGAGGAUCUGCAGAGAAGAAUGGGAGAAAUGAUGGCUGGUGUCUCUAACAGUUUUAUUCUUGUUUCUCACUCAUAAUGGCUUAUUUGACUUUCAUUGGCACAAUUUUGGUCCUCAUGUUGAUAAACAGCAAUGAGAGGUUCCAAAGGUGAUGGAAAGACUGGAGGAAAGACUAGGUGCUGAGAGCUUUCCUAUACCUGCAUUAAGGAGGCAAUUAAACACACCUGAGCAAUUACAGACGCCUGUGAAGCCAUGUGUUCCAAACAUUGCGUUGCCCUGAAAUGGGGGACUGUAUAAACACAGCUGUAAUUUCUACAUGGUGAAACUAAAAUAUGUAAAAAUGGCCUUUAAUAAAAUCUGACAAUGUGCACUUUGA